UCCUUGUGAUCAUCAUGACUCUACCUCCUGGGUUCAAAGAUAAUCGUCCACAAUGGUUGAAGAUAACCCAACCCUUUGUGGCAGGAGGUUUAGCUGGAUCAUUGGCAACCUGUGUCAUUCAACCCGUUGACAUGGUUAAAGUGCGGAUCCAGAUAGCAGAGGCGGGUACAACUCACAGUCCAGUGGCCAUCGGUCGUAAGAUCAUAGCUGAUGAGGGUUUCUCUGGUCUCUAUAAAGGUCUGGACGCCGGUAUUGUUCGUCAACUCACAUACACUACAACCAGGUUGGGAGUCUUCCGUCUGGCGUCAAUGUCGUUACAAGCACCAGACGAGAAGACGCUACCGUUUUGGAAGAAGAGUGUUGCCGGCCUGUUUGCUGGUGGUGUUGGGGCAUUCGUGGGCACUCCAGCGGACCUCUCCCUGGUUCGUCUACAAGCUGAUGCAACUCUGCCUGCAGCCGAGCGACGUAAUUACAAGGGGGUUUUCGACGCUAUGAGGCAGAUUGUCAAAACCGAGGGGGUUACUGGUCUUUGGAAAGGCUCUCUACCGACCGUUACUCGAGCCAUGGCACUUAAUGUUGGCAUGUUGGCUACUUUCGAUCAGGGGAAGGAGUAUUUUGGGCAUCUUAUGGGCCCAGGAUGGGGCGCAACAUUAACGGCAUCAGCAUGUUCAGGGUUCGGGGCCUCAGUCAUGUCACUUCCCUUCGAUUUUGUCAAGACUAGAAUUCAGAAAAUGAGACCGGAUGCUAAUGGGGUCAUGCCGUACACUGGUACUCUCAAUUGUUUUGCCAAGGUCCUCCGUGAUGAAGGACCAUUAGCCUUUUACUCGGGUUUCCCAACCUACUAUACUCGUAUUGCCCCACAUGCCAUGUUAGUUCUGCUACUUGUUGACAUGAUUAACACCUCAGUGGUGAGGUCAUUCGCUUGAGUUUUUCAUGAGUUAUCUUAACUCCGUCCAACCACUGGUCAAGUCAGCAUGUGCUGAGUGUACUACUG